AUGAUCAAGUGUUUUCUUGUUAUGGGAGGUCUCUUUGGUUUUAAGAUGUUUUGUUUCAAUUGUAGCAUAAGUAUCCUUUCUCUCUCGGAUAUUAUGCGAGGUCUUCUUUUUUUCGCUAUGCUUACAUGCAGAUGCGCUGUUGAAUAUAAAGGCACAGAUGAAGCUGCAACUGGACAGAUGCUAGGGUCACGGGAUAUAACAAAAGUGACAGAGCACAUGGAACUGCCUUCAAGAAUGACAGACAGACAGGACAAAGAAGAAAUAGAAAGAGUUGCAAAAAGAAAUAUGCAGUACAACCAGGCAAUAGAUAAGAAUAUAAAAUAUGCACUCUCUACACUCACUAGGCAAGAGAAAGAAAUAGCACAGAUUAGAAAGGCACUAUCUUCAAUCUCAAGCAUAGUCAGUACAUUUAUGCAAGAGAGUGCAGAGAAGAAAAUACCUAAAGAUAAAUUUGUUGCAGUAUUUGAUGGAGGGUCAACAGGUACCCGCUUAAAUAUAUAUCAGUUUGAUGAGAAGGGUCUUACCCUGAAGUCGCAUCUUUUCAAAAAUGUUUCCCCAGGGAUUCAUCUAAGCAAGACCCCAGAAGAAGAUAUUAGAAGUCUUCUUUCUGUUGGAAGGAAAUACUUGGAGGAACACCAGCAUACAACAGGAUAUGACUUCCCUGUUGUAUUCAAUGGAACUGCAGGUCUAAGGCUAAUUGGGGAAAGAGCAAAAGACCAGGUGCUAGAGAAAGUAAAAACCGUUAUUUUGGAGGAAACAAAGAAAAAAGAAAUAGAAGUAAGGGUGAUAGAUGGGAAAGAAGAAGGGUUUUAUGCAUGGGCAGCCCUUGUGUUUGUCACGCAAAUGAAAGAGAAGAUUGGGAUUAUUGACUUAGGUGGUGGAUCAGCACAAAUUUCCUUUGAAGUUGACAAGGAUGCACAGAGUGUUCAGGAGGGAAUAGUGCACGGAAAGAAAAAAGAUGUUUUAUCCAGGUCCUUCCUUGGAAUGGGUCUGGUUGCAGGCCUGGCACAAGUGCACAAACUUGACACUCAGAAUGUGUGCACGUGGAAAUCACAGAGUUUCGAUGUAGCCAAGUGCAAAGGCCAUAUAAAGACCAUACUAGCCACAAUGAUACAAAGUACAACGCAUGGAAAGGAGGUUGCUCCUGGAUUGUCCCAGAUAAAUACUAUUUUUGUCUCUUCUUUCAUUGCAGAGAUGCUGCAUCUUCUUAAGACACCUGCAACAGCACAGUUCAAAGACAUAAAGAAGAUUGCCUCUACGGUUUGCUCAAAUAAGCCAUCUGCACCACAUACAACUGCAUCCAAUGCACAUUCUGCCAGUAACCCACCCAUUCCAACCUCCCCAGCCCCUGACUGUGUGAGUGUGCUGUACACCAUAAUGUUCAUGGAGAAUCUUGGUGUCGGCCUUUUUACUCCUAUAAAGAAUGUGGCAACCAUUCCAACUGAUAUUAGCUGGUCUCUGGGUAGGGCACUUUCUCUUAUCGAAUAG